UAAAGCCCUUCAUGUGCAAAUUACUUUAGGCAUCCUAUAUAUCACUGCAACAACCCUACUAUAAAAAUCGAAGUCCCUCCAUCGUCUCCACGUAGAAACCCUAGCGGCGGCGGCAUAACUGUUGGCGGUUCUCCGAUCAAUCUCCAGCAAUGGCGGAAGUGGAAGCGGAUGUAGCGGUUGCCGGACAGCCGAAGAAGAGGACGUUCAAGAAGUUCAGCUUCAGAGGCGUCGAUUUGGAUGCCCUCCUCGACAUGUCCACCGAUGAGCUCGUGAAGCUCUUCACUGCCCGAGCUCGCAGAAGGUUCCAGAGAGGUCUGAAGAGGAAGCCUAUGGCUCUGAUCAAGAAGCUGCGCAAGGCGAAAAGGGAGGCCCCACCGGGUGAGAAGCCGGAGCCUGUUCGUACUCACCUGCGCAACAUGAUCAUCGUUCCUGAAAUGAUCGGGAGCAUCAUCGGGGUGUACAACGGGAAGACCUUCAAUCAGGUUGAAAUCAAGCCCGAGAUGAUUGGUCACUACCUUGCUGAGUUCUCCAUCUCUUACAAGCCUGUUAAGCACGGUAGGCCUGGUAUUGGUGCCACCCACUCUUCGAGGUUCAUUCCUCUGAAGUAGAUGAGGCAUUCUGGAUGCUUGAUCACUUUUUGUAAUCUCUAUGCCUGCCUUCCCCGGGACAUCAAUUUUGGUGGGAGUACUCUUUCUGAACAUCAGCCUGAUACAGAUUUCUAGCCAAAUUUUGAGUUUCCAUGAUAAGCUUUAACUCAAGAAAUGCUGUUAGAUACGUUCAAUUUUGUUUCUGAUGAGUAGCAUCUCUUGUCCGCUCUGGAGUUCCUAUGCAUGUAUAAUGAGAAGGGAUUUGCGAACCAUUUA